AUGUCGUCGUCUUCAUCAUCAUCAUCUUCUUAUUCUUCUCAUCAAUGGAAACACGACGUGUUCAUGAGCUUUAGAGGUAAGGAUUUGUGGAACAACUUCAUAUCACACCUCUUCCGCGGGCCGGACCAAGCGGGGAUUGACUACUUCAACGACGGCGACAGAGAGGACACCGGGAAGGAGAUCUCGCACAAGCUCUUGACAGCGAUCCGGCAUUCGAGGUUCACCCUCAUCUUGUUCUCCGCGAACUAUGUCGACUCCAAGUGGUGCCCGAACGAGCCGGUCGAGAUCCUCGAGUGCAGAAGGCAGCUCAAGAGUCACGGCCACAUGGUUGUUCCCAUCUUUAUGGGCGUGCACACCGCCGAUGUUUCGAACCUUUUUCCUUCUCAUCGCAUGUUCAUCAUUGUAAUGGAACUCAUGCCUUUCCCGCUGUACCGGAAUGUUCAUGGGGUCGUGCAAAAGGCUAAGGAUAGUGACCAGGGACUUCCUCAAAGUUUGGAUGUCUAUGGCUUAAAAUAUUUGCCGGAGAAGUUGCCCGACAUUGCUGCCGAAGAGGUAGCCCGCUGCAAACGGAGAGGCAGCUAG